CGCCCUCACCAGCAUCCUCACAGUACCGGCACCCGCAUCCUCCUGUGCACCGCAACCCUAUGUUCGAUGGACCCAAUUUAGCACCAUUCCCACCAUGGCUGCCUCGGCGAAAUCCCUGACAACCCUCCUCGCCCAAACCUCACUUGAAGACCACGAUGAAAUCCUCAAAGCCGCCAAUGUUGCUAUUAAGAAGUCGAAAACGGAUCUUGAUGCACACCAUGUAAAAGCUGUGGCGCUUUUGAAACUGGAACGAUAUGAUGAUGCGGUGAAGUUGUUCGAGGACACGCCGAGAUUGCAAGAUAAAGCGCGCUUCGAGUAUGCCUACGCUCUCUACAGAUCGGGGUAUGCUGCGAGGGCGGUCGACGUCGCUGGAAGUCAAAAUACAGAUCGCGGGACGAAACAUGUGCUAGGCCAGGCUGCAUAUCGGGCGGAGAACUUCGAGCAAGCAGCCGAAGUCUACCGCCAACUGUCCAUCCAGUUUGUCCAAGCUGAGGAAUACGACAUCAGAAUUAACUCGGGGGCAGUGGAUGCGCAGUUGGAGUGGUCUGGCCAGGGCCAUCUUGCCCAGAAGAAGAAGCCGACUAGGGAAGAUCUUGACGUGUUUGAGACGGCGUACAAUGCUGCGUGUGGGAGCAUAUCAAGAGGAGAGUUUGCGCAAGGGGAGGUAUGCUUGAAGAGAGCAAAGGACCUCUGCAACGCGCUCUCUGACCUGUCAGAAGCAGAGAAGGAGGCUGAGAUUUUACCCAUCACCGUGCAGCAGGUUUAUCUGCUUGUCCAGAUGGGCAGGGUGGAUGAAGCAGAGCAGCUGUGCACAACUAUUCCAUUUGCAGAAAUCAAAGAACUGUCGACGAGAUACAUCGCCCAAGUAAACAGCAUAGCCACAUCAAACGAGCACACCAACCCCUAUCUAUCACAUCGCCUCUUCCACCUGUCCCCCAACCCCCCUAAAACCGAUCAACAUUUUUCUUUCCAAUCAAACAUCUUACGCCAGGACGAAUACGUCAUGGACUUGUUGUCCCAGAAAGUGGCCGGUGUGGCAAACUCUACCUUCAAGACCAUUUCUGGAUCACCGGCCCCAGCUACGUCGCCUGCAGUUAACACUGCUGCGGUUCUGAAUGCCGCAGCUCAUAGUAGGAAUGCGUCCGAGAAAGCUGCCUUGAAAGAGAUUCUCCCGCUUCUUGAAAAACGACCAAACGACGUUGGUCUUCUCUUGACGAUCACGAAUCUAUACAUUCUCACGAACAACUACGCUGCGGCUACUCAUCUUCUGGAAUCCUUCUUCAGAAGGCUAGAACAAUCUGGCACUGUUUCCGACCUCGAUGUGCGACAUGCGCCAGGGCUUGUGGCGACACUCGUAUCCCUCUACGCUUAUCAAGGCCGACAUGCACACUCGAAGACCGAACUAGCGAAAGCUGCAAGCUACUGGAGGCAUAAAUCAAAGACUCCAUCCAAACCCUUGAUGACAGCUGCCGGAAGAGCAUUGCUGGAAAGCCACGACCCGGAAAGUCUUUCCACUGCUGGGAAAAUCUUCGAAUCGUUAUAUGAACAAGAUGCCUCUGACAAAGCAGCCAUAGCGGGCCUUGUAGCUGCAUAUUCCAUCACCGACCCCUCGAAACUCCCCACGCAAUUAGUAGGCUCACUUCCAGAAGCCUCUCGCUUAGUAUCAGACAUCGACGCUGCUGCGCUUGAAAAUGCUGGUGUUCCAACACUUUCUACUCCAACGCAACCAGAGGGUCGUAAACGCCCAGCCGAGAACCUAGCACCUGAGAAAGUCAAGAUACUGGCGCCUAAGAAAGCCAAGAAGAUACGGAAGAGGUGCAUGCCAAAGGACUUUGAUCCAAACAAGAAACUGGAUCCAGAGCGGUGGUUGCCGAUGCGGGAUAGGAGCUAUUACAGACCGAAAGGGAAGAAGGGGAAGCGAAAGAUGGAGGGGCUGACGCAGGGUGGACCGGUGGUAGAGGAGAAGGUGGGAGAGAGCAAGGCAGGGGGCGGCAGUGCUGCUGGACAGAAGAAGAAGAAGGGGAAGGGGAAGGGUGGGAAGUGGUAG